AUGACGCCAAAAAUGCGUUCAACGUCCAGAAACUUUGACACAUCCCUGACUCCAGAAGUGACAACAGAGAACUCCGUGUCUCAGUGGCUGAACAUUGAGAAAAGUAUGAAAACAACAAUAGACUCUAUGUUGAAACAGAUCCUUCCAUACAUAGUGCGGAUGUUUUCCACUGUUGAAUUAUCCGGUCCCUGCUAUGUUAGUCUGUUAAAAACACUGUUCAGUGUUCGGAAGCUCAAAUCUUGGGCAAUAAAAAUGUUAGAUGCUUCUGGGAAGAUAUCUUCUGGGAUCGCCGAGGGAAGAGGUACCAAUUUUGGAUCUUAUGACGAGUGCCUUAACAUUUUGGUAACUAACCAUAGAACAAACAAAGUAGAUUUCCGUGGGAAAUAUUGCUUUUUAGAAAUGCAUUCACCGUUUCCUACAUCUUCAGGCCAACUGGACCCCAUAUUCAAAGAUUCGAUUUUGGCCGAGUUGGCGUUAUCUGCUCACUUAGCAUCAGAACUACCUGGUCUUAUUGCUUUCUGUGUUCCAUCAACUUGCUCUAAUGAAGAUGUUAAAAGAGUCACAACUACUGAUAUUAACAGGGGAAAGGUACUUAGGACUGUUAUCACCAUGUAUGAUAUAUGGGGAGAGGUGCUUAGGACUGUUAUCACCAUGUAUGAUAUAUGGGGAGAGGUGCUUAGGACUGUUAUCACCAUGUAUGAUAUAUGGGGAAAGGAAUUUGCUAGCAAUUUCCUUACAACUCUGCCCCUACUAAAACAACGACAUUCUCACGGCAUCAAAAUUACUGGAACUGUACGAUGUGAUCGUUUGAAGAAUGUUCCACUGAAGGAACAAGAAAAGGAUUAUUCUGAUGUUCUGUGUCUGCUUGGAACACUUUUAUUGUUGGUAGUCUCGGGAACAACGAUAGAUUUAUGGAAACAUUACCAACCUGAUAACAAUAAAAUCGACCCUAAGAAGAAAAGGUUUUGGCAAGGAACGAUUUUCGAAACUUUAAAGUCGUUUUCUCUCUACACCAAUGGAAAACAGAUGCUGAACACCAACGUUGGGUCAGGAAACCUUGGAGCCCUACAUGGUUUCCGUUUCUUUACCAUGGCGUGGGUUAUCUUAGCCCAUACCUACAUGAUCCCCUCUAUGAAUGUAUAUAGUGGACUUAUAAACUUCCAAUAUGCGGUAAAGGAUGUCAGUUUCAUGGCCGUGUGGAAUUCCUUUCUACAAGUGGAUACUUUUUUUUUCCUCACUGGAGUGACGCUGGUCUAUACAACAAUGAAAAAACUAAAAGGAACAAACGGACGUUUGGAUCUCGUGAGAUACGUGGUACACCGUUAUUGGAGGCUGACCCCUCCUUUGAUGUUGGUCAUAUCCCUGAUGUUUAUCCUUCCGUUACUUUCUUCUGGACCACUUUGGAGUAGAUUCGUAGAAAGUGAAAUACAAAAAUGCAGGAACACCUGGUGGGCAAACAUGUUUUACUUCAGUAACUUCCUUUAUCCAACAAACAUAUGUGUUUCACCCUACUGGUAUCUGUCAGCAGACAUGCAGCUCUACCUCAUCUCGCCGGUUGUACUUAUUACACUCUACAAAUGGCCACGUAUGGGUUUUGUUCUCAUCACAUUUGGUAUUUUAGCAUCAUGGGUUUCUAUAGCAGCAAUUACAAUGUGGAAGGAUUUUAAUCCAUCAGUUGUGCUGUUUGACACAAAAACCAACAUAGAAACAGGCGGUUAUAUCCAUAUUCGACCCUACACUCAUCUUGGUCCGUACUGUAUUGGACUGGCCACGGGCUACCUGUUGCUGAAACGCAGAAACAUCAGGUUGAGACCACUUGUUGUGGUUUUUGGCUGGAUCGUUACUACUGUCUCGUGUUCAGCUGUCAUGUUUGGAGCUUAUGACUGGCAUAACGGAAUCAAACCAAAUGUUGUAGUUGGAAUCAUAUACGCUUCGAUCCACAGAACUGUGUUUACUUUAGGGUUAGCUUGGAUCACGUGUGCUUGUGUGUAUGGAUAUGGAGGUAAGUUUACAAAAAGUACAAUAUAUAUAACACCAAAAGUGGAGAAAUUUAUCAUUUAUCGUUGACAGAUGU